GUUCAGUCCAUUCUCUGUCAACCCCCACCAGCAGGAGUGCAGGCCACCAUGCCAUCCGACAAGGUCGACAAGAAGCGCAAGCGCGCCUCAGAUCGCCACGAGCGUCCCAGCAAGAAACCCGCUCUGGAGCUGCAAGAUCUGCCUCCUCUGGCCUCCACCGUUGUCGAAGAUGAUAGCGAGCUCGCACCGGUGAUCGUCACCACCCCCGGUCUCAAAGCACCAGACAACCUCCGCCUCAACCCAUACCUCAAGACCCGCAGCAAAACCUCCUCGACAUCCACGCGGAACAAGGGAAUCGUCUCGUCCGAGCUGCUGCUCCAGUCAUCCACCGACAAGUCCAAGCUGGACUUCGUGGGCCGUGAGGCCGAGGAAGACGCCGACUCCCAGCUGAAGCACUAUAUCGCCGUGGUGGACCCGGAGAACAAAACCUGGCAGUUCAUCGAAGUGCGGAAGAUGACUCUGCGUGGAUCCGUUCGUAAGAUGCGGUCUAUUGAGGAAGAUGAGGAGGAAGAGGAGAGUGAGGCAGAAGAGAUGCAAACCAUGCGCGCCCAAAGAACAGAACUCACCAACACUUUCGGAACCAAACAAUCCCGCAAGGCCGCACAAUCCUUGGCCGAAAAUGCGCAGCUCUCCAACGCACCGGCAGGCGCUGCCUCGGCCGCCGAAUCCGCCCUCCUCUCCUCCAUGCCCGUCGGCGCGGCCACUGACCUCUCCACCAAGGCGGCCGCUGUGCAGGCCCAAGUGCAGGCCGGCAAGCCCAUCCCCAUGGCUAACCUGGAUGCUGCUCACCCGUCCGACGUCUACCCCAUUGAGACGCUUGUACCAGGCGGCCUGGCCACCCUGCGCCAACUCCCCAACAUCAAAGAAUGGCAAGACACCAUCAACUCCGGCUCCUCCGUCAACACCACCUCCCGCUACGUCUCCCGACGCGUUGAAGCCGUCGCCCUCUCCGGCAACACCACCCACCUGCAACUCCUCCGCUUCAUCCUCCUCCUCCUGGAACUCGCCCGCUGUCUGCGCCCCUCCCGCGGCGAGAAAUCCUCCGGCCCUGGUAGCAAACGUCUCCCGCCCCGCGAAGAACUCCGCACCGUCCUCUCCGGCGGCAUGGCCGACAACAACGGCGGAGAACUCCUCGCCGACCCGCUCAUCGACUCCAUCCGUCGCAAAUUCGCCCCCCAGGGCGCCAGCCUCACCAAGAACGACGUCACCUUCCUCCAUACCACCAUCUGCGCCUUGUCGCUGCACAUCCCACCCGCGCCCUCCAAGGACGGCGGAAACAGCUCCGUCGGCGGAAACGCCCCCAACGAGCUGGCCACCGAUCCUGCUGAUCUGCGCGAUGAUCUUCGCAUGGACAACCCUCUCAUCACCCAGUACUUCCGUGAAUUGGGCUGUCGCGUCGACAAGCCCAGGGAAUCCGAGUUCACGAAGUGGGGCAUCAAGGGCGGAAAGGCUGAGGCUGCCGCGAAGCGCAUUGCUCGGUUGAAGAUCCCCGUCGAGUUCCCCAAGGUUAGCCGGGGUGGACGGAGGUGAGGUGGGCCUACUUAAUUGGUAUGUAUGAGGAUGCGUGCGAAUGAGAGGUGGAUACGGUUGUCGUUGUUGUUGUGCUUAACAUUUCCUGUCUGCAUGCAAAAAAGAAUCGGUUGAGUGUACGAAAACGAGAGGGGGCGGGGGGAGCGAGAGAAGAAGAGAGAGAGCAGUAUCAGGCUGUUUCUAAAAUGGGUUGUUUACCUUUCGGGCGCUGUAUUUCUUUUUCUGCCUUUUGGGGCUUUCCGGUUGUACCGACGUAUUUAUUACAUGUCGACUCUAGUAUCUUGCUUCUAUCUAUAGGGAUAGUUGGAUGGCUGGAUGGCUGACCAAUGAAAUGAC